AUGAGUUGCCACAACUGCGCCAGAACGACGCUCAGUCUCUUCAUCCGCUCCUUCAUAAAUACUGAGCAAGUCCUCGCUGCUCGACGACCGCUGCUGCGUCUGCAACAAUCGCGAUUUUCGACUGACGCGCGACGACUACGAAAAGUACCUAGUAUACCCACAUCGGAACCACUAAAAGCGGAACCUGUAAUCGAAGCAGAAGAUGCUCUCACGGGAGAGGUAGAACAAAGAAAUGGGCGCCCGGCAUGGGCGGUGCAAAAGGAAGCCUUGAAAGAGAAAUUGGGAGGAGAGGCAUGGAACCCGCGCAAGAAGUUGUCGCCCGACACCAUGGAAGGCAUACGACACUUGAAUAGCACACAGCCCGAUAAAUUCACCACACCCGUCCUUGCAGAACACUUCAAAGUCUCCCCCGAAGCGAUCCGCCGCAUACUGAAGAGCAAAUGGCGACCUUCCGACGAAGAAUACGAGGCGAGGAUGGAAAGGUGGAAUAAACGUGGAGAGAGGAUAUGGUCGAAUUUAGUAGAGAUGGGCGUCAAACCGCCAAAGAAAUGGAGAGAAAUGGGUGUAGGUCGGGCACAGAAUGGAGAGGUACCGAGGUGGAAGUCAAGAAGUCGGAACCUUGUGGAUGUUAGGGACAGCGUCAACGACGACUUCAAAGACUAUGUCCCGGAUGACGAUAUUAUUCCCACUGUAGACAAGUCAGGGAGGUCAAAACCGACGACUGGUCGCAUACCCCUGUCAGAGCGUUUGUAA